ACUGGAAGUCAAUGGAAAAGCGAAAGUACCGUACCGAAAGUACCGUACUUUGUGCGGUGGAAAAGCUCCCAUAGAAGUUUCUGUAGGGGUGAUGGCCAGGUGCCCCAAUACUUUUUUCCAUAUAGUGUGUGUAAAUAAAAUACUUAACCCCCUAAAUAAAUAAACAAACAAACAACCUACAUUCCUGAAACGUUUGGUGUUUGCCCUGGAAGGGAAAUGGCUGCCUAAUCAGGUUGUGGGGAAAACCCAUUGAUCCUCCAGGGGUCCAGCCCACGCUUGGCUGUAGAGCCGAUCCAUUUAAUGGCUUUGGCGGGUUGGGGGUUCAGCUCAGGGGUGUGACACUGAAAAUGAUCAGAUAUGCUGUGCAUCUCCCCACCACAAGCCUUAGUAAACAGGUUUAGUGUGGUGAGCCUAAAGAUCAGUAAAACUGGUUCUUAUCCCAGGAGACAGGUGCUUCUGCUUUGAGCAGGUAGCUGUGUUUACAGUGUCUGUUCUUAGUAAGGAGAGCAGGAUCCCCCCACCUGUGUGUCUGUGCACGAGUGAGUGUGUGUGUGUCUGUGUGUGUGUGUGUGUGUGAGAGAGAGAGAUACACACUGUUUAAGGCAGAGCAAUUUGAUCUGACUUACAGUGUCACCCAUUUGCACAGUCGCCUGUCUGUCUGCUUGGCCCAGGUUACAGUCACUGCUCACAUCCAACGGCCUGAUGUCUGUGGAGGCGGUCGGUGGAGCAAAAGCCCACUCAGCACAUUUCUCUCUUCUGUAUUUUUUUCUUCUUCACACAAAAUCCCCCUUUUUUCUUUUUUACCUUUUCAAAUGUGUCUCAGUCCUUCCUCCUCCUGCUUUCCCCGCCCAGCAGGGUUGGGCCGGCUGUGUGUCACCUGGGGAGUGGAUGGGGACAUAAGACACCGAGGAGGAUGUGCACACGGCUCGCUACGCCAUCUGUAAACAAACAAAAAGGCCGCUGGCUAAAGUCUUCUGUUUACUCGCACUCCUGCUCCUUUUCAUGACUUUUCAUGUGGCACCAUUGUGACCUUGCAGGUCCACCGGUGACCCAAGCAGACAUUACUGAAGCUGCUCUGUCACUGCUCCAUGCUUCUCUGUCCUGCUCUCUCCCUCCUCUACGGCCGGCGCCGGUUUCCACAAAGGAGCAACCUGUGCAUCCAUUGUCAUUGUGUCCUUUUUACAGGGCUUACAGAAAGAGGUUGUCGGAUUUAUUUUACGUGUGUAUGUAAAAUGCGGACGCAUGCAAGAUGGGCCCUAGAACUGAGGAGGAGAGGCGUGGAAAGUCUCUUCUCCAAACAAGAUACUCAAAGUUACAUCUAUGACCCCUCAGUUUCUGUCGACAUUCCCAGGCGGAAAAGUGAGAGCUGCAUUAGUACCCAGUACCAGCAGAAAUCCAUAGUGGUUGACAGUAGCCACAAAGUACAAGGCUUUCACAACUUGGGCUACAGCAGCGGGAACUCCGAGGCGUUCGAAAGGGACCCCGAUAAAUUGCAGAUCGACAACAAUGAGAUCAACCGCCUGCACACCAGUCCGGCCCCCUUGGAGCCGGGCCUCGUGGGGGGACAGAACCUGUACAUUCUCCAGGUGGGAAACAAUCUGCAGAACUGCACAGUGCCAAACACGGCGAAAGCCUCACCCAGUGUGCCUUCAGAGUGCUCGGCCGGCGCAGAGAGGAGCCUGCAGGGUGAUGCCUGGACAGGCCUGCCCUCUGGAGAGUGGCUGGAAGGCCUAGCACAUGUGGACAGAACAGAGUCUUAUGCUAGCAUGGCUAGUCUGUCCACCGUAGAAACCAGAGUAAGCCACCUGGAAACGGAGGAUGCCACAGUGUUGCCUGAGCUGGACACAAAGGGAGGGGGAGACGCGCAGGAGAAUGGGGGAGACUCGGAGGACCGCGGGAGUGUGCUGGACUCGGACGUGGCCGAGGCACUGGCCGCGCUGGAAGCAGCUAUGGCGGGUGAGGACUGUGACUGACUACAGUACUGGCUGCAGGCAUCCAGAGAUUACCCAGAAUGCCAGCUGGCUUCCUUACUUGUGUCUAUGACACAGAUACUGCGUGUACCCUUAUGGACAAAGGAUUGUCACAUAUGCUAAAGCAUUUCACACUAGCAUAUGAACAGGGAAUAUAUUCUGUCUGUCAAAAACACAGAAAAUGGCAUUUAUUAACACUAAAUUUGUAUGCUUGACCGUGUGCAUAUAGGGCGUAACUGUAUGCAUGUGCAUGACAGCUGAGGAAUUAUGGUAGGUUUAUGAAUGAUGCUGUGUGUUUUGACUCAUCGGUGACGUAUUCCUUUUUAAUACUGAAUGUAUAUAUUAAGAUUAGUAGUGGACUAUGUGCAUGUCUUGUAGUCAGAUCAAACAUUCAUCUUAUUGUUUCCUCUGAGCUUCUAAAACCUGCUGCAUCCAAAUACUAACUCCUGAGACUGUCUACAACACAUCUGUCUGAAUGCUGGCGCUUUUUUGAUAAAGAAAAGAGGCACAAAUCCCAUUGCCGGAUAUUUGGUUCUCCAUUUCCGUGCUCCUAGUAGUGGCCAUAUACUGUGAAUCUACUGUUUUAUGUCGCUCAGGAGUUUUUAAUCCUCUCUGGCAUUGAAGCCCUCCAAGCUGCUGAGACACAUCCUCAUCAAAUGCACAAAGCCUUGUUUUUUUCUAUCAAUCUGAUCAUUUUAUUUGUGUCCUAUCCAGUUAUUUAUGCUAAGAACAUUUAACUCCUCACGCCUUUCUGUCUAAACAUGUAUUUUUAAGUGUAGAUUUUUGAUUCUUAAUCCCUCCAUUUGAAUGGGCACUUUGGCAGAUUUUGGGAGUAAUACAGUAGACCUGGAAGGUGUGUGUGUGUGUGUGUGUGAGAGAGAGAGAGAGAGAGCCCUGAAUUCAUUGUGAUACAUCAAAGUUGACAGAUGUGCCACAUUAUGUGAAUAUUCUAGCAACUGUACUAUACCCUGUCAAAUACUUUUUAUCAUUUUUAAACUUUAGUGAAGGUCAUUAUCCAUUGAAGGAAUCUCCAUGUGUUAUAUGUCUUGUUUAACGUGUGUAUGUUUGUGAACCGCUGUGUAUGGCCUAGGGCGAGUGUGUGUGUGUGAGUGAGUGAGUGAGUGUGUGCGUGCAUGUUUUUGUUUGCCAUAUUACUGCCAAGUAGUUGAUUGUUUUAAAAAAAAAAAAAAAGUCAAUUAAACCCACAAUGUUCCCUGACCUCAGUGCUGGAAUGCAUUUACUGUGUUUUACUGCUCCCUGGAGCGCGAGUCUGCACUGUUUGACUGUGCUUGGAGAUGAUGACACGCUCUCCUUUGGAAACGCAGAGCUUCUCCUUUCUGUACGCCUCAGAUCCUUAUGCUGUGAUAACAUCGCCGCCCCCCCGCCUUGGGACACAAAUAUACAAAUGGGCAACUUUGCAAAGCUUUCUAAAACAUGCCUUUCCCCGGCAUAUGCAAAGCACUUCAGGUCAGUGCUUCCAGUGCCUUCUGCGCUGCUCACCGGGCACACCUGCUCGCUAUCUGCCAGGGAGGGAGGAGAGCAGGUUUGCCACUGCCAUGUGAUCUCACUUAACGUGCUCGGUGCGGCACAGGUGUUCUGGGCCGGAUGCGUGUCGGCUGAGUGACCAGAGAGGUUUGUCGUCGUCGUCGUCUGUGUCUCUCCAUUUGCUCACAGUCUCCCUCACUCAGUGGGCACUGUGCUUC